CCGGAUCUGCUGCUAUCCCUGUCCGAUGUCCUCAAAAAUGCCGGAAACAGUGCAGUGGUUCGAAUGCAGGCUGGUCUUCAGCUGAAGAAUGCCUUGUACUCGAAAGAUCAAAAUAUUCGAGUUGAGUACCAACAGAGAUGGCUUCAGUUUCCAGAGGAAAGGAGGACUUUAAUUAAACAGAAUGUACUUGCUUCCCUGGGUACGGAGAGCAUCCGUCCAAGCUCGGCAGCCCAAUGUGUGGCCUACAUUGCCUGUGCCGAGUUGCCUACAGGGCUGUGGCCAGACCUUAUCACAGUCCUCACCAGCAACGUUACCAGCCCAGGAAGUACCGAGAUCAUGAAAGAGUCGGCACUCGAGGCCAUCGGCUAUAUCUGUCAGGAUAUCGACCCUGACAUUCUACAGACUCAGUCUAAUAUCAUCCUAACAGCUAUUGUACAUGGCAUGAAGAAAGAGGAACCAAG